AGAGCGGCUUAAAUGAUACAAAAAUAUUAUGUAAGGAACCAGUCUUCGCGGGGAUAUCAUUCGAAACUGUUGCCUGUCAAUUGUCGCUCGUUACGUCGACACGACUCUCGAUCGUAUUUGUGUGCUCAGUGAAAUAUUGUUUUUCUAUUUGCUGAAGCGUUCGCAUCUGUUGUAUGUGUCAAUGUUGUUAUGUUUUGGUGUGAACAAACAAAUUAAAUUUUAACACUUUUUUGAAUUUUCGUAAAAGGAUCGCUGUUCAGUUCAAGGACUAGUGAAAUUGUGAAAAAUUUAAUUCUUUGGAUGCUUGGUUAAAAAAUAAUGAAUAAAAGAUGGUCAUGAUGCAAUCACCAAAUUCGGAUACCCCAAAAUCAGUUAGCCCAUUGAAUUCAAACCCGAGCUCGCCAACUGGACAACCACACACUAAGACCAGUACUAUUGUGGAUAAGAAACUGAUCAAAUUCGAGCCAAUCGUGCUGGAGCGUCCACAGCCAACGAAAUUCGAUGGGAUUUUGUUGGGAAACUUUCAUGAUAAGGACGAUAUCGACAUGAAAAACCGACCACUAACUUAUCCAAAGGAUAUGUCUGAUAUCGAUGCAAACACAAAGUUUUCACUCGAAAGACUGAAGCAACUAAGCAACCGCAGUUUAUAUAAUCGACACAGUCCCUCCGAUGAUAGCAACCAAUCACCAAAGUACCCGAUCGGAGCCAAACUUAACGAUUCAUCACCGAAAGGUAAAGGCGCUGAAAACGAUUUAAAUCCAUCCGUUAACCCAAAUCACAAAAUGCUUGUCGGCUGCCACCAAUUACCGACAUUGUACGCCAAUUCCGUUGACAUGGAUAUUGAACGAUUGAAAUUAGCUAGAUGUAUGACAAAUGGAAAAGAAUUUACCGAUUUUGGUUUUCGAAUACAAUUAGGUGAAUUCCAUUCGGACUAUGCUCAAAGUGAUACCAGCGAGGAAUUGGUAGUGGAUGAAAGAACUGAUACAAUGCCGACGCGUGACACAACGACGCAGGCGUGUCCAGUCGAUUUGACUCGUACAAUACCACCGACAACACCGAAUACAGACAAAAAUGCAUGCCGAAAAUUAGCGUUUUCCGUGGAGAAUAUUCUAGAUCCAAAUAAAUUUUGUAGUCGUAAAGAAAAUCACAAUAGUACGAGACAUUGGUUGAACAACGGAUUCGAGCGGAAUGAUCGAAAUCAAAUGGAUGAUGAUCAAAGUGAAUCGCAAUCAGUGGCUGACAUUAAUGACGAUGACCAAGAUGAAUGCGAUGAUGUGAUGUGUAGCGAUAUUGAUGAUCGAACCAGUGAGACAGAUUCGAAAAAAGAGGGUUCUCGCGGAACUUCACGUGGGAGCUCGAACGAAAGCAAGUCACACGGAAACAGCUCCAAACCAAGACGAGCCCGAACUGCAUUUACGUAUGAACAACUGGUCUCAUUAGAAAAUAAAUUUAAAACAACACGAUAUUUAUCAGUGUGUGAACGCCUUAACCUUGCAUUAAGUCUUAGUCUUACUGAAACACAAGUUAAAAUUUGGUUCCAAAAUCGCCGUACAAAAUGGAAAAAGCAGAAUCCGGGUAUGGAUGUAAAUAGUCCGACAGUGCCGCCAUCGUCAUCGGGUGGUGCAUUUGGUCCUUCUGGCUAUGCCGGAGGUCUUCUUUAUCCACAUGCUGUACCUUAUCCUCCUUAUGGACCGUAUUUUCAUCAUUUAAGUGCUCAUCAUUUGGGACAUUCACACACAUAAGUGGGGGCAGUGAAAAGAACAGCAAGUUCGAAUCAAAAUUGAAUAAGCAUAGCUAGUGACUGAAUUGAAAAAAGUGCAAGCAACACAGAAAAUCUACAUAAUUCGAACAAACAUUAAGUAAGGAAGAAACAUCGAAAGCGAACUAAAAAAAGAGACACACAGAGAGAGAGAGAGAAAGUGAGGAAAAAGGGAAGCAGAAACGAAAAAAAUGACUCAACUUGAUGAAAAGUUUUUAAUUGAAAAGUCCUGUAUAAUUGUGAUCAACCAUUGAAAAUUGAAAAAAAAAAUUAUUAUACAUUACAAAAAAGAACAUCCUCCGAUUAUAAUGUACUAUACAACAUGACAUACAUCGAUGUUUGAUGUUGGUACUGAAUAUAUGAGGAGACAUAAAGGAAAUACACACACACCUACAAACCGUUUACACAAUUGUAUAAAUCCCGUUAAAAACAAUUUUACAAAUCUCAAGCGAGUUUACUCGGAAGGAAAACACACAUAAAAAAACGAAGAUAUAUAUAUACAUAUAUAUAUAUAUCUAUAUAUAUAUAUAUAUAUAUAUGAAUACAUAUAUAUAUACAUAUAACAGAUCAUAACUAAAAACAAAUUGUAUAGAAGAAAGUUUAUCCUGGGCAAUGAAGCGGUGGCAGAGGUAUUGGAAUGCGGUAAAAAUGUAAAGAAUGUUGCAGUUGGUGACAGAAAGAUUGAAAAUUAACAUACAAGUGAAUCGAAUUUGGAAUCCAGACUUAUCGUUUUUAGGUUUACGUUUUAUCUUCGGUUAUACAAUCCGUAUGUUCAGAUGUUCAAGUACUUUAGCGUUUUUUUCGUUUAUUUUUCAUAUAUGUAUGAAACCAAAAUAAAAUUGCGAUU